CCUCCAUCCUUCCCCAUCUCCUCUCCCCUCCCUCUCUAGCCUUCAAUCUCCUCCCUCCCCAUCCCUCCUCCCCUGUUGUCCAUGUGCCCGGCCCCUUCAUUAAGUCUCCUAUGAAAGAGAAGCCUCUUGCUGGCAGUCACAGUCCCGGAGCCUCACAGGAGCCUCACUCACACAAAAAGACAACCCACGCACUGACUCAGGCCUGGACACAGAGACACAGUUGGCUGCCAAAUCCUAAUCAGUGAAUCUCCGAGUGAGGCCUCGGUGUGCCAUAUCUCUCUGUUUUCUGCUGCUGACAUGGAGUUCCACAGUAUGCAUAAAAUCUUCCACUCCAACCACCUGGGGCAGGAGAAGCACCAGAUGCUGAACCUGAACCGACGCCUGGAGUCCUACCUGAGUCGGGUCAAACUCCUAGAGGAGGAGAACGCGGUGCUCGCAAAGGAGAUCCAAGCCAUGAGACAGAACAGCCACGGAGCCUCGGCACACAGGAAGGGCCUGGAGGAAAAGCUGCGGCAAACAAGACUGGAAGUGGAGGCGGCCUGGAGGGACAGGGUCCUCACAGAGAUGGAGAUUGGCAAGCUGGCUGAGGAGCUUCAAGCCCUGGACCUGCUGAGACAGAGGGAGGCUCAGGCCCACAUGAAGGCCAAGACAAAGCUGGCGCAGAGCAGGAAGGAGCUGGAGGAGGAACAGAGGGCACAGAUCUGGCUAAGGGAGAAGGUCGGUCAGCUGGAGCAGGAGAUGAGACUCCUAAUUCAAACCCAUCAGGAGGAUGUGGCCCACUUGGAGGCCACGCUGAGCCGUUCCAGAGCCACAAUAUCUCACACAGCGGUUCAAAGAUGCAACCAGACACCCAGCCUCUUCCAGCUGGGGCAUGAGUACACCCAGAGGGCCAGCAGGGCAUGGCAGGAGGCGGCAGAGGCCUAUCAGGGCCAGUUAGCUCGGCUAGAGGAGUCACUUAACCAGGCCAGGAGCCGUUUGACCAAAGUGGACCAGGAGAAGCGCGAGAGCCAACUGAAGCUCCAAGCCCUGGAGAAGGAGAUGGCCUCAGCUCAGGAUGUCAGGCUGCAUCUGGAGAAGACUGCAGCCCAGCAGAGAGAUGCUUACAGCCAGGAGAUCCAGCAGCUCCAGGAACACUUGGAUGGUCUGGAAGCGGAGAAAGAGGAGGUGGGCCAACAGAUCGAUCACCUCCUCGUCGAGAACCGAGGCCUGCUGCAGCUGAAGAUGUCCCUGGGCCUGGAGGUGGCGACAUACAGGUAUAGCUCUUUCACCUCAAACAAAUGUGAUUUUUCUAAAGCACAUUUCAUACAUUUUUAAUGCCUUAUUGUCCUG